AUGCAAAACAUUCCUUAUGCCAAUGCCAUAGGUUUUGUCAUGUAUUUGAUGAUAAGCACUAGACCUGAUAUUGCUUAUGUUGUUUCUUGCCUUAGCAGAUACAUGGCUAAUCCUGGAAUGCCUCAUUGGGAAGCUGUUAAAUGGUUGCUCAGAUAUUUGAAAUCUACUGUGAAUUAUGGUCUCUCUUUUGAUAAAUCUGAUGAUGGGGUCAAAUGUGUUGGUUAUGUUGACUCUAAUUAUGCUAACAAUAAGGACAAUAGAAAGUCUACCACUUCCUAUGUGUUUACUCUCUGUGAUUUUUGUAUUAGCUGGAAAUCUCAAUUGCAGAGGAUUGUGGCCUUAUCAACAACUGAAUCUGAGUACAUUGUAGCCACUGAGGCUGUAAAGGAAGCAAUUUGGCUGAAUGGAGUCCUAUCUGAACUUCAACAUAUUGAUGAUAAACCCUUGUUGUUCUCUGAUAGUCAGUCUGCAAUUCAGUUGUGCAAAAACCCUGUGUUUGUAGAUAGUCAGUCAGUCUGCAUAUGA